AGAGAGUGAUUGACCACAUGCUGUGUCCUGGCUGCUGAGGAUCAAUUUGCUGUCGAGCUGUGUUUGGGAAGAGGGAGGAGACCAGGGUGUAAACAGGUGUAAGAUGAGAAGGUCAGGUUAAUACGUUUCGUGGCACUAAUCAGUCUCUGGUGCUGGGCUGAGCUCACACUCACUCACACUCAUUCACACUCACUCACUGACACAGCAACGAGAGGUUUGUUUACAUUCGUCAGCUGAGCGGAGAGCCCAGACAAUGGAGUCUGUGUCCAACACUGACGUACAUCACAUCUCAACAGGUGAGAAGGUGACGGAGAUGCAGAAGAAGUUGUUUGAAAACUGGAUGAAUACUCGCCUGAGAAGGAGUGGAGCCAAGGAUCGAGUUGGGGACCUGUUUGGAGAUACCCAGGAGGGGCAACUCCUCAUCCUACUACUGGAAGCAAUAACGGGAGACCAGCUGCCCCGAGUCACCGGCCUGUGGUGGGUCCUCACACUGGUGACGUACUGGAGGCGAAAGUGGAACCUGGAGAUUGUCCUGCACUAUCUGGAAAGCCACAGGGUGCGUGUGGACAUGGUCAAUGUGCACACUCUGAUCAACGCAGACCCCACAGAGAUUCUCCGACUCACGUCAGUGCUCGUCUCUCACUAUGAGGUGGGAACGAGGUGCAGUGAGCUGCUGACAAGGAUCCACUGUGUGCGGAGCUGGUUAGAGACACUCCAUCUGACCCGUGACAGCAAUCUGAAGGGGCUCCGCGGGGAGCUCUGGCAGCACAGGGCGAGUCUGGAAGCGGAUCGACGGGAGGCUGGGGAGACCCUGCAAUCCUUCAACAUGGCCAGAGGCGUGGGGGACCUGCCGGAGCUCGCCAGCGCUCUGAACACGCUACAGCACAAGCACCACCUCACACGUCUGUACCUGGACAUGCUGAAUGUGAUUGAAGCCGCCCUGAGCCACGUACCCACAGCCUGGGACUGUCUGCGUUGUUACGAGCAACACCUCAGGGAACGCAGGAGCCGAGCACUGAGCUCAGGCACAGCCAUAGAUGCCCUCAGACAGGAUCUGAAGUAUCUACACAUGGAUCUCGAUGACCAGAGGGAAUGUUUCUGGGAGUUGGAGGAGAGCUUGUCUGAGGUGACAGCUCUCAGUGAGCAGCUGAGGAAGAGCAACCAAUCAUGCAGCACAAACCUGACCCAGUACAACCAGAGCAUCCAGAGCAUCAUCCAACAGCAACAGGCCGUGCACUGCCAGAUAGACCACAGGUUGCUUGUGUUAAUGGGGGUCCGCCGGAGGUUGAAGGGGUUCCGAGCAAUGUACGAGCAGUUGAUGGCCUGUCAGGCGGGUGGAGACACUGCGAGACACGAGAACGGAGUCAAUAACACAAAGAGCGCUGGGUGGAUGGCCCAACUGAUGGAGCAGUACCGGAUUCAUGCAGUACAGUACAUGGAGGCUUGCAAGGAGUACGAGCUGCAGACGGAAUUGUUUAACCGUGCGGUGGGUGUGGGAGUGGAGUUGGCGGAGGAGGAGCCGGGCUCAGUGUGUGCCGAUAUAAUCCAGCAGACUCUCGCUGUGUGUGGUGUGCUGAACAGCCAUCGCCAUGGAAUUGGUCACCGCUCGGAGACCGAGACGUUGCUGACCCCGAGUGCGCGGGAGCCGGGCCUGGGGUCGGCGGUGGCACAGUCCGGGAGCGAGCUGAGCGGGACAGGCUGCGUGGCAGGGGUCCUGCACGAGGGCUUGGGGGAGACUCUGGGUGUGUACGCAGCCCAGCGCCGAGGCUUGUGAGACCCGCCAUCGCUCU